CUCAGGAUGAAGUGGCUCAUACGCUUACAGAAAGCAGAGUAUUGAAAAACACCAGGCACCCUUUUUUAACAUCCUUGAAAUAUUCCUUCCAGACAAAGGAUCGUUUGUGUUUUGUGAUGGAGUAUGUUAACGGAGGAGAGCUGUUUUUCCAUUUGUCGAGAGAGCGGGUGUUCUCAGAGGACCGCACACGCUUCUAUGGUGCAGAAAUUGUCUCUGCGCUGGACUAUCUGCAUUCUGGGAAGAUUGUGUACCGUGAUCUCAAGUUAGAAAAUCUAAUGUUGGAUAAAGAUGGACACAUAAAAAUUACAGAUUUUGGACUUUGCAAAGAAGGCAUCACAGACGCAGCAACUAUGAAAACAUUCUGUGGUACUCCAGAAUACCUGGCACCUGAGGUGCUGGAAGAUAAUGACUAUGGUCGUGCAGUGGACUGGUGGGGAUUAGGAGUUGUCAUGUAUGAAAUGAUGUGUGGAAGAUUACCAUUCUACAACCAAGAUCAUGAGAAACUAUUUGAACUGAUACUAAUGGAGGACAUAAAAUUUCCUCGAACUCUGUCUGCAGAUGCAAAAUCAUUACUAUCAGGCCUACUGAUAAAGGAUCCAAAUAAGCGACUUGGUGGAGGCCCAGAUGAUGCAAAAGAAAUCAUGCGUCAUAGUUUCUUUGCUGGAGUAAACUGGCAAGAUGUAUAUGAUAAAAAGCUUGUACCUCCUUUUAAACCUCAAGUGACAUCUGAGACAGACACCAGGUAUUUUGAUGAAGAAUUUACAGCUCAGACUAUUACAAUAACGCCGCCUGAAAAAUAUGACGAGGAUGGUAUGGACUGCAUGGACAAUGAGAGGCGGCCGCAUUUCCCCCAGUUUUCCUACUCUGCAAGUGGACGAGAAUAACUUUUUUGUUCUGCUGCUUCACUGUCAUCUUAGGUUUAUCACUGAAAAUGAUUCCUGAACAUCACCACCAGUACUAGAUACUAUUUAAGAUAGCAGGGGCACUUUCGGAGACCAUUCCAAAUUGAACAAGUGUCUUUCCCAAACCUGCCUAAAA